AUGGACCACCGGGAUCCGGAAGAGAUCCUCGCAUGGGCAAUGAACGUGACCGCCAGAUUGCUGCCAGGUACAGUUGUACAAAGGCGGUCGAUCACGAGAGAAGAAGCAGACCGGAAAUAUGAGUCCGUAGGGCUCAGCUACGAUGCACAGAGUUACAACCCAAUCGGGGCGUCAGCUGACACAGCCUUGAACGGCACUACUACUUUCUUGGCUCCGUCUGACCCUACAGAGCCUCCCAAAGCAAAAAGGACAAAAGCAGUGCCGCACGGAGUCUGUAAGGACUUCUACGAAACAGGGCACUGCAGGUUUGGAGAUGCAUGCAUCUACAGCCACAUCAGGGAGGCCGACUUGUAG